UCGCCCUCCGUCAGUCGUGCUCCGGCGGUUGACGGGCGAGGAGCGCUAGUCGAGCACAGGCCCCGCGACCCCCUCCGACCACGUUUCCUCCGCCAUGGAGCCCUUCGAAGUCAUCGUGAACCAGCCGGUCGUCAUUGACAACGGCUCGGGUAUCAUCAAAGCAGGUUUUGCCGGUGAUCACACUCCAAAGUGCCACUUCCCAAAUUAUGUUGGCAGACCAAAGUACGAAAGAGUGAUGGUUGGAGCCCUAGAAGGAGACUAUUUUGUCGGCCCAAAAGCUCAAGAACACCGUGGUCUCUUAGCUAUUAGCUACCCUAUGGAACAUGGCAUUGUCACAGACUGGAAUGAUAUGGAGCGCAUAUGGCAGUACAUUUAUAGCAAAGACCAGCUUCAGACAUUUUCUGAAGAGCAUCCUGUACUACUGACAGAAGCUCCCCUUAAUCCACGAAAGAAUAGAGACAAGGCAGCAGAAAUAUUUUUUGAAGCUUUCAGUGUUCCAGCACUAUUUGUUUCAAUCCAGGCACUUCUUAGCCUGUAUUCCACAGUCUCAGGAAGAACGACUGGGGCUGUGUUGGACUCUGGUGAUGGAGUUGUUCACGAUGUUCCAAUCUACGAAGGCUUUGCUUUACCACAUUCCAUUAUGCGGGAGGACAUUGGGGGCAGAGAUGUCACACGGUACCUAAAACUUCUGCUACGAAAGGAAGGGCUGAAUCUGUAUUCUUCGGCUGAAUUUGAAGUUGUUAAAAUGAUGAAGGAACGAGUGUGUUACUUGGCCUAAAAUCCACAACGGGAGGAAACUGUCGACACUGAGCGACUGUCUUAUGUUCUACCCAAUGGGGCAACAGUUGAUGAAGUUGGCCAGGCCCGAUUCAGAGCACCAGAGGUCCUCUUCCGACCAGACCUCAUCGGAGAAGAGAGUGUAGGCAUUCAUGAAGCCCUUAUUUGUGCAAUUCAUAAAUCUGACAUGGAUCUCCGAAAACAGCUUUACCAAAAUAUCGUCAUCUCUGGAGGAUCGACCUUGUUCAAAGGAUUUGGCGACUGACUUCUUUCUGAAGUGAAGAAACUAGCUCCAAAGGACAUCAAGAUUAGGAUCUCGGCACCAGCUGAGCGCCUAUACUCUGUUUGGGUUGGAGGAUCCAUUCUGGCAUCUUUGGACACCUUUAAGCGCAUGUGGGUCAGCAAGCGUGAAUACGAAGAAGGCGCACGAGCUGUUCAUCGGAAAACUUUCUAGAUAUGCAUAGGUUGUAAAAUAUUCCUGAUAUUCAGGUAGAGAGUAUAUAUUAUGUUUGUUUCACAGAAAUUAAGUGUCCUGUAGCCUUUUUCUGUUAGGACUUCAAGACCACCAGUCCCCCCCUCCCCUCUCAAAGCUUUUUGUAGCUGAACAAAAUAAAAAGGAGAAAUAGGCUAGC